AUGUCUCUCGCACGCUUCAUUAAGUUCUCGCUCAAAAACUCGCCGCGCCAGAACUUUGAGAUCUACCGCAAACUCGACGACGCAAAGUGGGGUACCCACGUCGGCACUGAUGAGCUCGGCAACCGCUACUUCAUGAACCCGACUGAGCGCUACGGCCGCGAGCGCUGGGUCACCGACGAGAUCCCCAAGGCCACUGCCGAGGAGGACGCAGAGUACCUGUGCCGCCCCAAGUGGAUGGCGUUCCCGCACUACGAAAACUACACUGGCACCAGGAAGGCCUAUGUCACGUACAACACGGUCAAGCCAAAGUACGAGAGCUGGGAGCCCGCCGUUGCUCCGCGCCAGUAG